AUGGACGAGACCGCGGACGAGACCGCGGAGGAGAUCGCGGAUGGGACCGCGAAGGAGCCCACGGAAGAAACCGCGGAGGAGACCGCGAAGCCAACCGCAGAGCAGUUGGCAGGGGAGCUUUUGAACGGGAAGCGCGUUUCAGAGAAGCCGCCGACAGUGGAGCCGUCGAAGGCGGAGCUCGCUUCAGAGGAGCGGACGACAAGGGAGCAGUUCGAUGAAGGCACAUCGAGCGACGUGGUGGAGGUGCAGCCCGGACCUCGGAAGUCGGGCCAAAUUCGGAGGCCACCCGACUUCUUCGUCCCCGCUGCCUUCACCACGGUCUACGAUGUGGACGACGACGACCUGGCGUACGAUGACGCCGAGGACGAUGAGGCGUUUUCGGAGCUCGACCCUGACAUGCCCGCCGAUCCCGAGCACCGUUGGGACAUUUCGAUCAUGACGUUCCGCAUCGACGACACUGUCGAGUGCGAAAAGGCGAGGCUGGUUGUGAAAGGCUUCACGCAGGUGUAUGGCGCUGACUAUGACGAGACGUACGCGCCGGUGAAUAGCUACGUCACGCUGAGGAUUUUCCUCAGCAUCGUCGCCAUCCUCGACCUCAACCUGAUGCAGCUCGACAUGAAGAACGCUUUUUUGCAGAGCAAGCUCGACCGCGUGCUGUACAUGUACCAGCCGGACUACUUCAACGACGGAACCGGCCGGGUGUGCAAGCUGCUGAAGAGCCUCUAUGGGCUGAAGCAGUCGCCGCUGCUGUGGUACACGGUUCUCAACGACGUGUUGGUUGGCACCGGGUGGAAGAAGAGCCAAGUCGACGAGGAUCUGUACUUCAAGGCCGGCGACGACAAAGUGACCUGCUGGGUGCUGGUCUACGUCGACGACCUUCUCACCGCGAGCAGCAGCACCGCGAUGCUGAAGGAGCUGAAGGAGCUGCUAUAG